GAUCACUUGAGGAAAUUCCAUGGCUGAUCAUCAGGAUAUGAUCACAUACGUUGCGGUGGGAAAAGAUGUGAAAGACUGCAAAUCAAUCCUGUCUUGGGCCAUAGAGAACAACGUCGGAGGAAGCAGGAUUUGCAUCAUUCAUGUUCACAAGCCUGCAAAGCUGUUCCCUUUAGUGCGAAGCUUAAUGACGGAAAGGAAGGUCAGAGAACGCCUGGAAAGUGGUACACAAAAUAUGCAUGCAAUCAUGGAGGAAUACUUUCUUUUCUGCCAACAAAAGGGGGUACAGGCACAAACGCAAACCAUUGAAAUGAACUCUAUUAGGGAGGGAAUCCUAAAACUCAUCUCUAAAUAUGGGAUCAGGAAGCUUGUCAUAGGAUCAACAUCGGCCAAUCACUAUAAAAGAAAAGUGGAACUGGGGUCUAAGAAAGCGAAGUAUGUGUGUAAAACUACACCUCUCUCGUGUCAAGUUCAAGUGAUUUGCAAGGGCCACCUCAUAUUUACCAGGCUUGCUUCCAAUCUUUUGUCAAUUACACUUGCAAAUAUGUCAUUCUUUUGCUACCUUUCUGUGCACCAAUAUCCCCCCGCAAUCGAAAUGGCAGAUCUUGCAAUUGAAGAUUGGCUCGUAACAGAGUGA